CUUCAACUGUGAAUGCUCACUGAUCAACAUGUCUGUUCUGACUGCAGAUUACUCCUGGCCAGCCACUUUCACAAACGCCCAAACAACAACUCCACCAGUCCCUGCAGUGCCAGGCGUCAUCAGCAGAUAUCUCUGGGGAAAGGCACAUAGGCUACUCUACCACGUCUCACGCGCCUACUGCCAUUUCGAUCCGCAUAUUAUUCAGCUUCCCUUCGGACUCGUCCUAAAAUGGACCGAUCGGACAAGCAUAGAAGAAGCCAUUGCAAUGCAAAUGGCCCUCGCAGCAGGGAUGCCUGUUCCUCGACUCCUCAGCUGCGGCGAACCCGUUACCCCCGAGUUAAAACGUGAAGUCUCAAUACUCAUGAGGAGACUUCCAGGACUUAGUCUUGAGAACUCCUCGGACCCGUUCGAGCGAGAGCAUGAAGGGCCAUGGCUUGAAGAGUUAAAGACUUGUGUCGAUGCUAUGCGCCAGUGGGAACCGCCGAGUCAGGACAGUAUCUGCUCGCCGGUUGGAACGGCCUUGUGCAGCUCGCGAGUCCCUAAUCAUAUUAUGGGGCCGUUUACAGACCAUGAUUCGUUCUAUCGGCAUCUGUUCGCGCCGACAUCGCAACACGGGUUCAGAUCUAUUGAUUAGUAUAACGAUGCCCUGGUUACAGCGAGAAAGCUACAACGCCCGUAUAAAGUUAAAUUCACACACGGAGAUUUCAAAGCUCAUAAUAUUUUGAUUAAUCAUGACGGACACUUGUCUGGCUUUCUCAACUGGGAGUCCGGGGCUGGUAUCCGAAAUAUUGGGAGUUUACAACUGCAAUGAGGUUUGGAAGAGACAGCUGGUGGUAUCAAGUUUCUGACUGGAUGGGCGGCCAUGAGUAUCGAGAGGAGCUGGAGUCGGAUCGAGCUUUGAAUCGGUUGACCGUGGACUCUUAUGUAGCUUUUUGAUCCGAAUGAGGUGCAUCCGAGGCCGGAAAACGGCGUGUUUGCAUGUAUAGUACCAUAGGACAUAGCUAUUGGCAGACGAUACAGUGAGUUUAUCACAAUCAGUCUUCGGGUCUGCUUUUCCUACCAAUACAUUAGAUUGUUGAAAAUAACCUAA